AUGGCCUCCCGCCGGUCGAGGUCCCGGUCGACUCCCUCAGAGGGUGAGAUCGUCGAAUCAGGUUCAGAGACGAAGGCAACUACGUCGCAGAAUUCCGUGAAUGACAGCAUUGUUAACCGUCGCACCAGACUCAGUCCGUCGUGUUCUCCUAGAUCGUCUAGUUCGGUGGGAGCGAGAUCGCCUCCUCCCUCAAGGCGUCGUUCUCGAUCUCGGUCCCGAACGCGUUCACCCUAUCGACGCGGUGAGAAGCGCCGACGAUAUGAUGACUAUGAUGACGAGCGAUACUAUCGGCAAGGCUCCCACCACCAACGCUAUGAUUCGCGAUCAUCCGAUUACGAUCGCAGAUAUGACGGCCGACGCCUCAGGACUUAUCAUGACUACGAUCGCGAUGAUGGCUAUAGCGGUGGCCUUCGGUACACAGAUGACUAUGAUCGACGUGACAAGCGACAAAAGACACGAAGUCGCUCGCCAAUUCACGACACGAGAAAGCCCAAGAAAUAUGACGACUCCGAUGUAAAGGUGUCUACAAAGGUGGUGUCUUUCAAAGAACAGUCAGUGAGCGAACGGGGGAAGUCCCCAGCUGUCGCUCAAAAUGGUAAACCAGAAGCUGAACGAGAGCAUCAGGGGCAGCCUUCUAGUUCCGAUCAUAGUCGUAAAGUUCAUGAACCAGUGACAAACAACGCGAUUCCCGGAGAACCAGAAGAGCCCGUGGAUGAAGCUGCACGACUUGAAGCUAGACGAAAACGUCGCGAGGCUAUUAAAGCCAAAUAUCGAGCCCAGAAUGACCUGCGCAUACAAGCACUGCAUCAGGAAGCCUAUCCCCAACAAACCCCUGGUACUCCAGUGAGCGUAUCUGACUCACCAAUGUCUCCUGCUGUAGAAACUUCAGCUGGUACCCCUGGAGCUGAUUUUACUGUGACCAAAGAUGAAGAUCUUGCUAAUAGUAGCCAGCCUAUGGAAGAUGUCGAGAAAGAUGAACCUUCGGCAGCAGACUAUGAUCCUACUCAGGACAUGCAAGAAGAGCGCCAAAGGCACGACAAGAGAAACUUGGACGAAGACGUAUCUGCUACUGCAUAUGAUGAGACGGAAACUACUAGACAAGACGUUUUAAUUCCCGAUUCCCAGCCGCCUGCUGCCAAAGACCCGUAUGAUAUGUUUGCCGAAGAUGAUGAUGAUAUGUUUGCUCCGGAACGGGAAGGGAAGCCGGCACAUGCCAGUGCGCAAGCAAUUCCCAAGCCUCAGGAACUCGACAUGACCAUGCUCGACAAUUGGGAUGAUCCGGAAGGAUACUACAAUGUCAGACUUGGUGAGUUGAUUAAUGGGCGGUAUCACGUUCACCAGAAUCUUGGCAAAGGAAUGUUUUCCUCUGUCGUACGGGCCACCGACUCCAAGACAGAUAAAUAUGUUGCGAUCAAGAUUAUCCGACAAAACGACACUAUGCGAAAGGCAGGUUUGAAGGAGAUUCAGAUUCUUGAACAGUUAUUGGCAGCCGAUCCCGAAGACAAAAAGCAUCUUAUUCGGUUCGAGCGGCAUUUUGAUCACAAAGGUCACCUGUGCAUGGUGUUUGAAAAUCUCAGCAUGAAUUUGCGAGAGGUAUUGAAGAAAUUCGGACGUGAUGUCGGAUUGAACCUUCGAGCUAUCCGUGCAUAUGCUCAGCAAAUGUUCUUGGGACUAAGCCUACUUCGCAAGUGUAACAUUCUACACGCAGAUCUAAAACCCGACAACCUUUUGGUGAACGAGCAGCGGAGUGUGCUCAAGAUUUGCGACUUGGGCUCUGCAUCACCAGCCUCGGAAAAUGAAAUCACCCCGUAUCUUGUUAGUCGAUUCUAUCGAGCACCGGAAAUUAUACUCGGCGUUGCAUACGACUACGCGAUUGACGUAUGGUCCAUUGGCUGCACUUUGUACGAGCUAUAUACGGGCAAAAUCCUAUUCACAGGCCGCAAUAAUAACCAAAUGCUUCGGUCGAUCAUGGAGUGUCGAGGCAAAUUCCCUCCCAAGUUUUUGCGCAAGGGCUCCUUGACAUCCAUGCAUUUCGACGAUAUGCUCAAUUUCCACAGUACAGAGGAAGAUAAACUGACGGGUAGGGUCGUUACAAAAAUACUCGAUUUCAAAAAGCCCACGCGAGACUUGAAGUCGAGACUGAUGGGCAAGGGGGCCAGGGGGAUGAAUGAGAGCGAAGCCAAGGAGGCGGCUCUUUUUGUAGACUUGCUAGAUCGGUGUUUGAGUCUGAAUCCGGAGAAGAGAUGUACACCGGUGGAGGCGUUGAAGCAUCCUUUUCUUUCUCGAAAGUGA